AUGGAAGCCAGAAAACACAUUGAGCGGCUACGCCGCGAGAGGUUGCACUGCGAGUCCGAGGUUAUUGCCCGAGCCCUGCAAAACGCGAUGGAGAUUUUAGCCGAUAAUCUCUACUCUACUCCUACUCACUUCAUCCUUGAGCUUAUCCAGAAUGCCGAUGACAACAACUACACGACGGAAACCCCAACAAUAAGUUUUUAUCUUGGGAGUGAUUUUCUCCUAGUUAGCGGCAAUGAAGUCGGCUUCUCCCCUAGUGACGUUGACGCUAUAUGUCAUGUCGGGCAGAGUACAAAAUCUGCAUCUAGGGACGCUUCGAGCCACAUAGGAGAGAAAGGUAUUGGCUUCAAAUCGAGUUUCAAACUCGCAGACUCUAUACACAUAUCAUCAAGGGCCUACUCUUUCAAGUUUGUGAAAAAAAGUCAUCCUCUUGGAAUGAUUACGCCCAUCUGGGAAGAUUUUCCAACCGAGCACCUGCAGGUGGGGAUGACACAGUUUCUGUUUGAGAUACCCUCUCAACCCAAUGUUAAAAGCGUGACCAACGACCUCCGCCACUUACAGCCAUCUCUCUUGAUUUUCCUUCGCCGUUUGCGUCAAAUAAACCUGGAAGGAGAAUUAUCUCACAAAAAGAUACAUUCAGUCCGACAUGAAUCUCGUGAUCUAGCAGGCGAAGCAGUCAGCAUCCACAGUGAUUCCCUUCCCUCCGGAUCCACAUUAGAACUUUACCUUGUGCAACGAUAUGAACACAGAGAUAUGCCGAGUGAGCCCAAAAGGCCUGGUAUCAAUCACAGCGAAGUCGCCAUUGCCUUUCCGCUGACAGCCUGCAAAUCCCCCUGGACCCGAGAUUGUUAUACUUAUAACUUUCUUCCUAUCCGACAAUAUGGCUUCUCGUUUCUCAUUCAUGCCGACUUUCUCCUGACUGCGAAUCGUGAAGACGUCGAUGAGAAUCCGGACUGGAAUCGUGGCUUGCUUGUUGGGGUGCAGCAGGGAUUCAUUCAGGCUGUCCAACGUUUCAGAUUGACAAAUUUGAAGUACAGCUGGCCUGCUUACUUGAAAUGUCUGUCUUCUUCCAUAGGAGCCCCAUUAUUUGAGGAAUUUCGCCGGCGCCUGGUAGCUAGACUUAAGACUGAGCCUAUCUUGGAGAGCAAAAGCGGUUCAUAUCGAAGACCCACUGAAUUGCUCUAUCUACGGCCCAUUUUCACGGAUGAUGACGGAGAGUACUUGUUGAGAAGCGAAGAAAGGCAACAGCAGCUUCUAUCGAGUCAAUACAAGGUCCGUGAAUUAUCGAUAUUGGGCGUGGAGAGUCUCCCUUUCGAGUCAUUCCUGAGUGAUCUGAAAAAUUUUAUUCGAGAUGAAAGUGAGCAAUUCAGAGGGAAACCUCAUCCAUGGCACUCCAAGUUAGCGAGUGCGCUGCAGGAAGGACAGACCGGCCUUUAUCAGAAGCUACGGCGUUGCCGCAUCAUUCCUCUUCAGGACGGCUCCUGGGUCACCCCUGCCCAUGACAACAUAUUUUUCGCAAGUACAAAAGCCGGCGAUGAUUUUAUACCCGAUGGCAUUGAUGUCUUGUUGGUUGACGAGGCCGCUGCACAGUGUCAGGAUCGGCGGCAAUUGUAUCAGAUAUUGGGCGUCAAGACACUCGACAUUAUUGGUGUCUGCAAGAGAAUUCUCGAAACUCACAAAAACGCCCGGUCGUGGCGUGUCUCCACAAAAGAUCUCGUUUCCCACGCAUGUUACAUGUUCCGUGCAAGAGACAGGUUCCAAAUACUCCCCUCUGAUAUAUUCUGGUUGGCCGGGGCAAAUGGCAAGUACGCGGAGGGCAAAGAGCUAUACAUGGAACUCCCGAAUAAAGUUCGGAUAAGUGACUUUGCUAUGCUUGAUGAAAACCUUAUUCCAUUGAUUCAUCCCCUCUAUUUGCAACAAAAUUCCAAUCGGACGGAGGCCUGGAUUGGAUGGCUGCAAAAUACCUUGCGGGUCGCAUGGCUUCCACGAUUAAGAGAAGUUGGUUCUUAUACCACAUUGACUCCCGAAUUUCACUCUCUCUUCGAAUACAUCUUACCGUUUCUCGACAUUCCAGAUCCUGACAACAUUCUGUGGCAAAAGUUCUCCCUGUUGGGUGUUACGACGGACCUGAACCUAGAAUACUACCUUCAAUAUUUGAGAGGCAUCCAGGUCAGAUCCCUCACAGCGGCAGAUGCACACGACAUCUACAAGGAGAUGACCAAACUGUUGCCUAGGGACAUUGCAAAGCGCAAACGGUUUGCUGAAGGGUCAUUAAUCUUCGUUGCUCGACCAAGUCCGCGGUGGCUGAAAAUGGAAGAUUGCUUCUGGAAAGCACCCCCCUGUUUGAGAUCUGCUAUUUCCAUCUUCAAUCGCUAUCCUGAUUGCACUCGACUAUUCAAGGACACCCUUGGCCUACGAGAUGCUGCCACGGUGGAUAUUGUCAAUGAACUGCUUGCACUCCGACCGGACAAUAUACAGAUAUCCCACGUGAAAGAUCUUCUUUUUUGGCUAAGCGACAAUGCGUGUCAAGAUCAUGGUCUAAGCACCGAAUUGCGAAAGAAGCUAGGUAGAUGUGCUGCGUUCCCGGUAUAUCAAAUUCUGCACGAACAGAAAACAACCAGGUUUGCGACCCUGAACCAGCAUUGGUUUAUUGCCGACAGACCCACCCUCCGUCGAGCGUUCGAAGCCAAAGUGCUUCUUUUGGAUUUCUCACUCAAUGAAAUCAACCGACUGCACCAUCUGUUUGUUCAGCUUGAACUUGCUGAGCGAAAAUUGUCAUAUCAGGUGGAGGAGACUACUGAGCGAGAGGGUGACUAUGCUUUUGAGAAGAAACUCACAGAUAAGCUUCUUCAAAAACUACCUUUCAUAGAGCGUCUCCUUGCAGGUGCGACGGAUAAUACUUCAAUGCAAAAGCUCAAAAAUCUCAAAGUUUUCGGCGUGACCAAGGUUAUACUAAAACGAGAACUAGGAGAAAUACAGGGCGAGUCCGGUGAAGGGGACCUCGUUACCUCGGAAUCUGAGACAGGUUUUGCAUUAUAUAUCAAAACCUCAGAUCUUCAAUCCGGCGAUGUCCCAUAUUCAGCCCUAGCCAAUUUUCUGUCAGGGAUCUUGGAAAUUGAUAAAGAACGCAACCGACUACUGAUGGAUAUCCUGGUCACUCAAAGCCACCGUCGUCUUGAUGCAAUCCUAGAGCAAUACGGGUUCCACUCGGAGCUGCACCAAGAUAAUGGCCCGGGCUUAGGCAAUCAACCAAACACAAGCCAUGACGACUCAGUCGAGCUUUCACAGACGAUUGAAGCAAACAAUGAAAUAUCUUACGAAACCACCGAGGAGAUCCUGGAAGCACAUGAUGUUGCGAGUCGAGAAGACAAUAGCGGGAUCAGCCGGUCAAGGGUCUCGGUGACUCGACCCGUACGCUUUUUGGAUCGUCUUUUCGAAAUUUCACGCCCUAUCACCGUUUCUGGAAAAGGAACAGCUGAUAAUCAAACCAAAAGUGUUUCCUCAGAGCUCGAAGGUGGGCCCCAGUCCAUUGGACGAGUUUGGGAUAUGGAAGGAUUACUGUCGGCUUUACCGGGAAGAGACGCAAACAUUAAAAAGACUCCCUCAAAGUCUCCGCGAUACUCUCGUAGUUAUAUGUUUGACAGAGCACACGUCCCGCCAAGAAGUGAAGCAGCCUGGGAAGACGACCAAGAGACCGGAUAUUCAGGAGAGCUAAUGGUGAGUCUCGGCGCAACGAGCCUGAUCAUGCUGUAA